AUGGGGGCACAUAGAAAACCCCAGAAAAGUUUGAUGGAGCUAAUGGAAGGUCAACAGGGAAAGGCUGCACCUGCCCAGACAAUACCAUCCCUGGUUUCAUCUCUUCCAGCCAGGUCUCAUCCUACAGUUCCUCGACACCUUCCCCAAUCAUCUCCGCCACCAAUGCCAAUCAAUGCUGCCGAGCAAGAAAAGCACAAGGAACAGCAAAGUAGGGAGGUGGCAGAUGCAAGUAGAUCUCACCGCUCUCAAGAGGAGGAUAUUCAACGAGCUGCAAAGCAGCAGAAAACUAGGCACCCCGCUACGCGGGGUCAAGAGAAACCUGAUUCCCCACAUCCCGACUCACAGGCGUGGCUGCCAGCCCCUAUGCUCGGUGGGGAGCCUCUGCGAAACGAUGCCUCCAUAAGGGACUUCAAUGGCGGCAUUGGGUGUCACGUAGCCUCGGCCAUAGAGGAGGCCUUGUUGCUCCCAAAGGAUAUGGCUGAGAUAAAGAACGUGAGGAAGAACCAACUCAUCCUUGACAAUAAACGACACUUGGGCAUGAUCAUCCAAAAUACUUUCAAGCUCGAUGAGAUGCUCAAUGCCUGCUCCACCCAACUUGAUGGUGAAAGGAAAAGAAGGGCAUCGGCUCUCAAAGAACAAGCCGAGCAAAAGGGCUACGAACUUGGGAUAACUGAAACUGAAAAAGCCCUAAGAGCCGAAGUUCCAGAAGUGUGCCGCAUCUUCUGCGCGAGAACCUGGAGUGAGGCUCUUAACCGCGCUGGGGUUGAAGCCUCAUCUGAACUACGCAAGCCAGAGAACGUGUAUUAUCCCGAAGCGAUACGCUCCUCAGCUCCUCAGUCGUACCAAGCUGAUACCCCUUCCCCAGCUAUUAACCCCUCUAUUGGGGAGGUUCCGUCUCGCAAUUCUCCCAAUAAAUCCACUACUGCUCCCAAAUCAGAGACAACCUCACACGAUUUUCAACAAGAAUUGGACUCCACCGUCCAAUUAACUGGGGGCAUUGCCAAUUAG